AUGAGAACCUCUUUUGGAAAGAAAGUUAAGAUUAAUAAUUCAGUUGGUAAAAUGAUUGAAAAGAAGUCCUAAGAAUUUAAUUCACCUCCUCUUUCUACAUAGUAAUAUUAGUUGUAAUAAUAUUAGAGAUCCUAAUUUCUGGCUUGAUGAUAGUGAUUUAUUCUGGCUGUCAAAUGAAAUAGAAUAAGAGGUUGAUAAGGUUCUUUAAAUAGCAAAACCUUAACCUCUUAAAAUAAAACAAAACAUAAUAUCAAGCGGAAAUGACAUAAGAGAAGAAUUGUUAGUUAAUAAUAAAAAUACUAAAAGAAAUUCUUGGGGUCUUGAUAAUUAAUAAGAUCUUGAAAAGUAUAUGAAUAAAGGGAAUAAAUGUUAGUUUUAGUGUGAAUUUUCAAUUUAAAAAAAUGGUUCUAAAAAUUAAGUUUAAUAUAGGGAUAGUUCUGAAUAUAAUUCAAAUAAGUAAUUCAUUAAAAAAUAUUGGCUUAGAAAUAAUUAUCAAGAUUUAUAAGAAAGAAAUUAUUUGUUUUAAGGUGAAAUUAGUUUUGCUGAUUGCAUAAAUAACGAUUAAAAAUAAAAAUAACAAAAAAUUAAACAAUUUUUAGAUGCAAGCUUUUAGUUUUAAGAAUAAUAAAAUAAUUCUUAUGAAGAAGGGAUUUUAGGAUAUCGUAAAUCCAAAAAUAGUUAAAUAAAAGAAAGAAUUUAUGAGGAAAUACCAUCACCUUAAUUUUAUUAAGAAAAAACAAAAUAAAUAUAGAUGCCAUAAGAUUUAGAGAAACCUAAUUUGAAAUCAAAUAUAAAUUGGAAAAAAACAAAGAUUAGAAGAGAAGCUAAAAAAUAUAAGUAAUACUAAACUUAAGAAUUCAAACAUUUAUCAUUAUCUAUACCAGGUUUUCAUAUUCAUGAAAAGGAAGGAGAAUUAAAAAUUAAUAAACUCUAAAAAAUGGAAAACGAAAAAAGAAAGUUUUUUCAAUUAUUUGAAUUAACUAUCAAUCCAAUAACAAUAAUAGGUCCUUUGAAAUUAAUGCCCAAUUUGAAACUUGUAAAUUUUUAAAUAAUUUUCAGUGUAUCAGAUUUAAAAAAGGUUAUACUGGAUAAGUCUUUUGUAAUUAAGACUAUACAGAAACCAUUCCUACAAAUUAAGAAGAAGGUAAAGUUUUAGAAAAUGAAAAGAAACUAUUUUUGGCAAACAAUAGUUCUCAUAUUAUAAAAUUAGUAUGUUGUUUAAUAAAGAAAAUCUAAUAAUAUAGAAAAUUAAAUUUAUGA